AUGGCCGGCCAGUUAUGCCUCCCUGUCUCCCCGCGCCUCUCUUCCGUGAAGCCCUUGAAGCCGCACUUCGGAAACAUCCAAGUGGGCAUCGGUGUGGCGAUCCAGGGCAGCGAUGGGUGGAUCCACCUCGCGGUGGUCACAGAGGUCAAAACACAAAACGCUUGGGUCACGGUAGAAUGGGUCGAAAAAGGAGUCAAAAAAGGCAAAAAGAUUGAUCUAGAGACCAUAUUCCUGCUGAAUCCAGCGCUGGCGUCUGCUGAGCACCCCACGCCGGCCAGGGCGUUGCCCUCCUUGUCUCUAGCGCCCUCUUCGGCCAUCGGGAACCAGCGGACGGCCACGCGGUGGAGUGCGACGAUCCCCCAGAAAAACGAAACGCCCUCGGGGGACAGUCCGGAUGUGAGAGUUCCCAGCAGUCUUUGCCUGAUGAAGCAGAAAAAGUCUCCCUGCCUACGGGAAAUUGAGAAACUGCAAAAGCAGCGAGAGAAGCGCAGACGGCUGCAGCUGGAGAUCCGAGCUCAGCGUGCCCUGGCUGUCAACACGGGAAACCCCAACUACGAGAUUCAGAGCAUGAUCGAGGAAUGCCGCAGGCACCUGGACUGCAGCCAGUUGUUGGGCCCGGAGCCACUGGAGGACCACCGCAUCUGCGUCUGCGUGAGGAAGCGGCCUCUCAACCAGCGGGAGACCACCAUGAAGGACCUGGAUAUCAUCACCAUCCCCUCGGACAAAGUGGUCAUGGUGCACGAGUCCAAACAAAAGGUGGACCUUACUCGCUACCUGGAGAACUAGACCUUCUGCUUCGACCACGCCUUCGACGACACCGCCUCCAACGAGUUGGUGUACCAGUUCACCGCCCAGCCACUGGUUGAGUCCAUCUUCCACAAAGGCAUGGCUACCUGCUUUGCCUAUGGGCAGACGGGCAGUGGGAAAACGCACACCGUGGGUGGAGCCUUUUCAGGAAGGGACCAAGAUUGUUCUAAAGGCAUUUAUGCCAUGGUGGCACAGGAUGUCUUCCUCCUGCUCAAAACUUCUGCUUAUAAGAAGCUGGACCUCAAAGUCUAUGGGACAUUUUUUGAGAUUUAUGGGGGAAAGGUGUAUGACUUGUUGAACUGGAAGAAGACACUGCAAGUCCUUGAGGAUGGCAGUCAGCAAAUCCAGGUGGUCGGGCUGCAGGAACAAGGGGUGUGCUGUGUGGAGGACAUGCUGAACCUUGUGGAACUCGGGAACAGCUGCCGGACUUCAGGACAGACAUCAGUCAAUGCCCACUCUUCCAGGAGCCACGCAGUGUUCCAGAUCAUUUUAAAGUCUCGAGGGAAACUGCAUGGUAAGUUUUCCCUUGUUGACUUAGCUGGGAAUGAAAGGGGAGCGGAUACUGCCAAGGCCAACCAGAAAAGACAGCUGGAAGGAGCAAAGGUUAAUAAGAGUCUCCUCGCACUCAAAGAAUGCAUCCGGGCUUUGGGUCAGAACAAGUCUCAUACCCCAUUCAGAGCCAGCAAGCUCACACAGGUGCUCCGGGACUCCUUUAUAGGCCAGAACUCCUCCACUUGCAUGAUUGCUACUAUCUCUCCAGGGAUGGCCUCUUGCGAAAACACCCUCAACACUUUAAGAUAUGCCAAUAGAGUAAAAGAAGUAACUCUAGAUUUAAGGCCUCACCAUCGUUGUCUUUAUCCUGCUGAACGUGAGGUGCCAAGGAUGUUGGAAAAUCACAUUAGAAAUUCAGAAAUGUCCCUUCAAGGGAACGAAUUUAUUAAAAUGCCUUGUACGCAGAGUGAGAAGGAGGAAGAGACUAAAGAAAUCAAAGCACUACCCUCUCCAUUAAUGGAGGAUACAGCAAUCUCCUGGAAGGAAUCAAGCCAACGGCCAGGGAAUAACAUCCAGGAGACAGCUGAUGGGGUAAACUGUGAUGUUGAUUUUUGCAUUGCCCAGUUAUUGUCCAUUUUGGAGCAGAAAAUAGGUUUUCUGACUGAGAUUCAAAGGAGACUGAAAUUAUUACGAGCUGACCUUCAAAAGAAGAGCAAGUAUAGUGAAGCCAAUGGUGAGAGAUCAGACCUGAAAUGA